UGGUGAAACGCAGAAAGGCAGAGAAUAGGAAUUGCAGGCUACUGAACUGGACAUUUUCUUGUGUCUACAUUUUAAUUUUUUAUUUAUUUUGGAGGGGGAUCCAUUUCAUAUUUGAUAUUUUUCUCGUGGAGGCUGUUGGUUGGCUCGUUCUGUUUUGCAAUAUAUUUUCAGGCGGAGAGGGGGGGGGUUGCGUUUAGGGAAUGUGGCAGUUCCUAUGCUGAUUGAAUUGAAUCUGGGCCAAGGAAAUUAUGUAGCCUGCUUGUUCCCGCUCGGAAAAGGGAGUGAGAGUGAGAGAGAAAAGCAGAGAGACAGGGAGGAGUUGGCUGGGAGCUGCCGAGCUGCCUGGCCACUUUGGCAGCCGAAACAUCGUGCCGAUCCAAGCGGGCCUCCGUGCCUUUGGACUCCUCCUUGGGUUAUCUGCUAUCUCCCCUUCUGUGGCUCCCCUGCAUGGCCCCGGCUUGUUGGGCUCCUGAAUGGGCAGCGUCCGGAGUCUGUGGCAGGUAGCUCGGGACAGCCAGCCAUGCCGUCAACAAAAAUCCAAUGUACCCGCCAUUCCCGGAAGGAAUGCAGAUGGCAAUAUUUGGCAUGGGGUGUUUCUGGGGAGCGGAGAGAAUGUUCUGGAAGCUGCCGGGUGUCUUCUCCACCCAGGUGGGCUUCUCAGGAGGGUUUACCCCCAACCCUACCUACAAGGAAGUCCGCAGUGGGAUGACAGGACAUGCGGAAGUGGUCAGAGUUGUGUUUGACCCACAGAUCAUUGGCUACGAGGACCUUCUCAGGUUUUUCUGGGAGAACCACGAUCCAACCCAAGGCAUGAAGCAAUACGAAGACGUCGGCACCCAGUAUCGUUCAGCCAUCUAUCCCAUUGGAGCUGAGCAGCUGGAAUCUGCCCUGAGAUCAAAGGAGAUGUAUGAGCAGGAGCUGUCUAAGAAGCAGCGGGGACGGAUAACGACCGAGAUCCAGGAGGCCGGCAAGUUCUACUACGCUGAAGAUUACCACCAGCAAUACCUGCACAAAAACCCCGAGGGGUUUUGCGGCCUGAAAGGCACUGGGGUUGCCUGCCCCAUUGGCAAAUGAGAGCCCGCCUCCUCCAGAGGGGAGUGUUCUUGGGAACCAUGGUGAUCGGAACCCUUCAGCAGUUGCCAUGGAAACCGAAGCAGCCUAGCAUCCUCCUUAAUUCAGCUGUAAUUUAGCAAUUGGGGCUGUCCUUUCCUUCCUUUGUGUCUGUGGGAUGCCAGCCUGCCAGGAGACCGUCCUGUGCCUUGGAUAAGAUACAGCUACCCACCUAUACAGGCCUCACAUAGGAAAGGGGUUGCGGCCUCUUCAGGUGUCCAGUCCUGUCUCAGAGAGGGCCAAUGCAGAAAGACGAGACUGCCAUUGCUCUGAGGCUGUGUUCACACUGAGGCAUUAACACACGCGUGGGCCGCCGUUUCCAUGUACCUGUUGUCGCACCUUGGUUGUCCACACACAAAUGCCUUCAAUUUUCUCUGCAGAUGUUUCCCAUCCACAACAGUUGGGCACUGCUAGCUGGGUUGUAUUGGGGCUGUGUGUUGUUCUCUAUGCCCUUCCAUUAGCACUGCCAUCACUUCUGGACGCUUGCGGUUUUUAAAAAAAUAAAUACAUUAUUGGGACCAA